AUUCUGGCCCACAGAGCUACGCUAAAUAUUACGCCUUCUCGCCACACGCACACUUCACCGCAACUCCGGCCGCCCGCCGCCGCCGCCGCCGCUCGCGUGCAGCAAGCGUUGUGCUAGCUAGCGCCGCCCCACCCCUCCGGUGCCGACUAGUUGCUGUGGCUGGCGGCGCGCGCCGCCUGACUUCCUCUCCUUCUCCGGUGCCUCACCUCAGGCUCUGUUGAGAACAGGAGGGGUGAGGGGGAAGAUGCCGAAGAAGGGGACGAAAUCGAGGAAGGGCACGGACGAUGAGCCCAAGCAGGAGGAGAAGAACAAGCUUCCGGAGCACCUUGAGGUCCAGCGGACGCGUGUGGUCUGCAAGGGCGACGCCCCCGUAAAUACUGAAGGUUUUCAAUACGCUGGUGCUUUUGCUGCUAUGGGAAUCGAUAACAGUGUCUCAGCGGAUAAGUUUUGCAAAAACUUUAAAGUCGUGGUAAAUCGACUUACGGAAGAUGAUAUGGAGUUUGAUAUGAUUGGUAUUGAUGCAUCAAUGGCUAAUGCUUUUCGGAGAAUCCUUAUAGCAGAGGUUCCUACAAUGGCAAUUGAGAAAGUUUUAAUGGCUGACAAUACCUCAGUUAUAGCAGAUGAAGUUCUUUCACAUAGACUUGGCCUUAUUCCACUUGAUGCAGAUCCUAGGCUUUUUGAAUAUAUCUCAGAAAAUGAUGUCCCAACUGAAAGAAACACUAUUGUGUACAAACUCCAUGUUUCAUGUAAAAAGGGUUCCCCACGGCUUACAGUGAAGUCUGGUGAUUUAGAGUGGCUGCCAGAAGGUAGCCAACUACCUUUGGCAUCUCCUGCUCAAUCUGGGGACAAACAAAAGACGUACACUUCCUUCAGCCAAAGCCAGAAGGAUAUCUUAGAAAAGCCUCUUGGUGUGAAAUUUAAAGACAUAACUAUUGCGAGGCUUGGGCCAGGCCAGGCUAUUGAACUUGAGGUACAUGCUGUUAAGGGAAUAGGAAAAGUGCAUGCCAAGUGGUCCCCAGUUGCUACAGCUUGGUAUAGAAUGCUCCCUGAGGUUGUUCUUCGUGAAGAAAUCAAAGAUGCUGAUGCAGAGAUGCUAGUGGCAAAGUGCCCAGUCAAUGUUUUUGACAUCGAAGACCUGGGAAACGGGGAAAAGAGAGCGGUUGUUGCUAGGCCAAGAGCAUGCACCCUUUGUAGGCAAUGCGUUAUGGGACCUACUGGGGAAGUUAUGGGACCUACUGUGGAACAAGUAGAACUACGGCGUGUCAGAGACCACUUCAUCUUUACGAUUGAGUCUACUGGAGCUCUACCGCCGGAGAUGCUGUUCACAGAGGCUGUGAGGAUCCUCGAGGAGAAGUGCGAGAGAGUGAUAUCUGAACUGUCAUGAGCUCUCUAGUGGUCACUGUAGUUUUUCACGGUUAUAUUCUGUUGGGAGGGUGUUUGUGCUAAGAUUUAUCUCCUGACGAAGAGCUGAGUUGGUAAUGUUUCUUAUAAUCUUGUCUACAUCAGGCUGCUGUAACAGAAACAAAUUAAAGCUCGGCAUUGGUUUUUUGUUGUUCCAGUUUACCAUGCACCCUAGUUGCAGUUUACAGUA